GAUACAAAAUUCGACAAAACAUUAGUCAGUGAUGUGACGCAUAAACCAAAGACUCUAAGUACAAACCGUUUAUCUACUGAUAAAAUCAUAUCACCGCCAUUAUUUUUUAUUCAGUCAAUAUUCAUACUUCGACGUGAAGAGUCGUAUUUAAAUAAAUUUGAAUAACAAGAAACAAAAAUGGGUUGCGGUGAAUUCCUCGUUAAAUAUAUUUUGUUUUUUGCAAAUCUAUUUUUUGCGCUGGCCGGUCUGGCCUUGAUCGGCUUGGGUGUGGCCGUUGAACUUCAAAUAAAAGAAAUAACCAAUGCGGUGGAAGCCAGCAAUUUCCACAUCGCACCAAUUGCGGCGAUCGUAGUUGGUAGCGUAGUAUUUUUAAUUGCUUUCUUUGGAUGCUGCGGUGCGGUUAGAGAGAACAACUGCAUGCUAAUCACUUACUCUAUAUUCAUGCUGAUUUUGAUGCUGCUGAAAGUGACGCUGGCUGUUCUGAUCUUCGUUAACUUGGACAGCUACGUUAAGGAGAUACCGCGUUGGCUCAACGAGGCUUUCUCCAGGGACCAAACUGCUUUUCACCAAAUUGAGAAAACGUUCAAAUGCUGUGGUCCUACUGGUCCUCUGUCCUAUGGCAACCUGGUGCUUCCUGAGACCUGCUGCGCGUCAACCCCCUGCACUCCAUUCAACUCUUAUACCGGCUGCGCCACUCUUGUCGAGGACUUCUUCCAGACAUUUGGUGUAGCUAUUGGUGCUUUGGCCAUUGCCGUUGUCGCAAUUGAGUUGGUGGCAAUUGUUUUUGGUUUGUGCUUAGCUAACCACGCCCGCAACCAAAGCAGGAGGGCCCACUACUAAGUUAUUGAUUAUAACUUCGUCUAAACAUACAAUAAUUGUAUGUUGUGGAAGCAAUAUCUUAAAUUUUUCGGCAAGCACUCUGUAAAUUGUAUUAAGUACCAAGCAAAGGGUGCAAUUAUAUUAUAUAUGUUGGAAUAGGGAUUUUUUACAUGAUAAGCUAGUAAUUAAAUAUUAAAAAGGAAUUAAAGAAUUUUAUUGCUUGCUAAAAAUGAUUAUAUGUUACAAAAAUCGUAUCUAUUUUUUAGUUCGAUUUGUGCUUAGGGUUUAAUUGUGGUUUCUGAUUGUAAACUAGUGUGACUUUUUUCCGCAUGUAAUCUUUCCACGCUAUACACUAACCACACUGUUAUAUUUAAUCUAGGAUUAUAAUGUUUACUUCUAUUAAAUGAUACUAUAAGUGUUAUUAAUAAAGUAAUAAUAGUAGUUUAUUGAUUAAAAAUUUAAAAAAAAUAUAUUUUCAUAAGAUUGCCGCCGUGACAAUAAAACAUCUACAUUUGUAAUUUUGUUAAUAAAUACAAUAUUUUACAAUUUCUAUUUUAUUGAAGUGUCAAGUUUUAGGAGAUGCAAAGGAUGGAUUUUAA